AUGACGAAACGCUUGUUGACAUGGACAACCGCGACCCUUCUGCUGCCUCUGGCUCUAGCUGAGCAGCCUUCAGCUCCAGAUGCUGUUGCGGCUCCUAUGAGGGACCUUCCAUGGGGCGACCUGAACUUUCUACAAACAACCGAUAGCCAUGGCUGGCAUGCCGGGCAUCUGCAGGAGUCUCAAUACUCUGCAGACUGGGGCGACUACAUCUCAUUCGCAGAGCAGAUGCGGGCGAAAGCAGACGAGCAAGGCGUUGAUUUACUCCUCAUUGAUUGCGGCGACCGAAUAGAAGGUAACGGACUAUACGAUGGGUCAGAUCCAAAAGGCCAAUACCUUUACGACAUUGUGAGGGAGCAAGCUAUUGAUGUUAUUACCACUGGCAACCAUGAGCUCUAUCAGGAAGACUCAGCUGCUCGAGAAUACAACCAAACCGUUCCGAACUUCAAGGGAAGAUACUUGGCUUCGAACCUGGACUACAUUAACCCGCAGACGGGCAAACAGAUUGCGAUGGCCGCACGAUAUCGAAAGUUCACAACUAAGAACAAGGGUAUCCGUGUAUUAGCGUUAGGGUUCUUGUUUGACUUUACUGGGAAUGGGAAGAAUACAGUGGUGCAACCUGUUGAGAAGACAAUUAAAGAGAAGUGGUUUCAGGAAGCAAUCAGGGAAGAUGUUGACCUGUUCCUGGUAGCUGGCCAUGUCACCCUUAAUGGUCCUGAAUACACGGCGAUUUUCAAGGCAAUCAGAAGUCAGAACUGGGACACUCCAAUCCAGUUCUUUGGUGGCCAUAGUCAUAUCCGGAAUUCUGCCAAGUAUGAUUCCAAGGCAUAUGGUUUACAGGCUGGUCGUUAUAUGGAGACCAUUGGCUGGCAGUCCAUUAAAGGUAUCAGCGGCGGAGGGAAGAAAGAGAAGAAAGGCCCUAAAGAGCUUGAACCCCGUGCUAGCAUGUCGUUCAAACGAAGAUAUAUCGACACCAACCUAUUCGGUUACCACUACCAUACCGGACUGAACGAAUCCACCUUUUCUACAGAACACGGCAAAAAUGUGUCGUCUAUGAUCCACGUUGCCAGGAAAGCCUUGAAUCUUGAUCACAGUUUUGGUUGUGCGCCUCGGAAUUUGUGGCUCAAUAGGGCGCAAUAUCCUGGAAAUGACAGUGUUUUCACCUGGCUGGAGGAUGAAGUUAUGCCAUCUGUAGUUGUCAAAAAUGAUCGCAAGGAGACACCAAGAAUUGCGAUUACCAACACCGGCGCGAUGAGAUUUGACAUCUUCAAAGGCGCCUUCACAAAAGAUACGACCUAUAUCAUAUCACCCUUCGUUAGCAAGCUAUUAUACAUUAAAGACGUGCCUUACAAAUCCGCCAAGAAGGUUUUAAAACUGAUCAAUGAAGGUGGCCCGGUCUUUGCAUCCGCAGAUAUGCCGCCGGUGUCACAACUUGCACCACCGGAGCAGAUGUCCAUCCAUGCAGACAUCAUUCCUCCGUUGCCACCGCGAGAUUUCCGCUCAUCGAAUGGAGCACAGGCUCCGUUAGGUUCAUCCGAUAAACCAGAUUUGGUCCCGGGAUACACCACCAUAGACGCAAUUGGAGAUGACGGUGACGACACACUCCACGAGCCCAUUCCCUUCUUCCGAGUGCCAAAUUGCAUCCAAAGCGACAUUGAAUUCCCCAAGGAAGGAGAACCAGAGAAUGUAGAUCUGGUGUUUGUGGAUUUCAUUCAACCUUGGAUUCUACUGGCGUUGGAGUUUUCGGGACAGAGCUAUACUAAAGAUGAUGUGGAGGUGUAUAUGGAAGACACGUUAACAGAACUGAUGGCUGGGUGGAUAAAGGAGAAUUGGAAGAAGGAUUGCUAG